GGAGGCCGGCGCGGAGCACAGAGGCCGAGGCGCUGGCGGAGGGCCCUUUUCAAAACCCGGCGAGAGGAAAUGGCGGAGAACGACAAGUUCGAGGCCGCGGCGCCGUUGGGGGAAGGCGAGGAGGCCGCGGCGGCGGGGGCCUCGGCGGGCGCCACCGACAACAACCACGAGCAGCCGCCGUCGCAGGAGGAGAGGCGGGCGGCGGAGCAGCAGCAGCAGCGGCGACGGCGGCCAUGCCGGAGAGCGGUGACGGCAGCGCCAAUGGCGUCAAAAUGGAGAACGACGAAACCGCAAAAGAUGAGAGGCCACCUGGGAAGGAAAAGUAUAUUUCAAAGCCCAAGGCAAUCCCGUCUCUUGGACACAGGAACAGAUUCCACCCCUAUGCGAAGGAGAAGAGCGCAGGCACCGGAGAGAAGAAGACGAUUAACCGUAACCGAGUGUUCAUUAGCAACAUCCCCUAUGACAUGAAAUGGCAGUCUAUUAAAGAUCUUAUGAGAGAGAAAGUUGGUGAGGUUACAUACGUGGAGCUGUUUAAGGAUGCAGAAGGAAAAUCAAGGGGCUGUGGAGUGGUUGAAUUCAAAGAUGAAGAAUUUGUAAAGAAGGCACUGGAAACUAUGAAUAAAUAUGACCUUAAUGGACGACCAUUGAACAUAAAAGAGGAUCCGGAUGGCGAGCAUGCUCGUAGGGCACUGCAGCGGGGAAGCGGGACAUUCUCGGGAGGACACGGCCCCGAUAUAACGCCUGGCCUGAUGAAUCUGCCACCUUCUAUUCUUAACAACCCAAACAUUCCUCCUGAGAUUAUCAGUAACCUGCAAGCUGGCCGUCUUGGGUCCACCAUUUUUGUAGCCAACCUUGAUUUCAAAGUUGGCUGGAAGAAACUGAAGGAGGUAUUCAGUAUUGCUGGAACUGUAAAGCGUGCAGACAUUAAAGAAGACAAAGAUGGCAAAAGCCGAGGAAUGGGCACUGUGACUUUUGAGCAGGCGAUCGAAGCUGUUCAGGCAAUAUCUAUGUUCAAUGGACAAUUUCUUUUUGAUAGACCAAUGCAUGUUAAAAUGGAUGAUAAAUCAAUCCCUCACGAUGAUUUCCGUGCAACAGACAGCAAAACACCACAGCUACCCCGUGGCCUUGGAGGCAUCGGGAUGGGGCUUGGACCUGGAGGGCAGCCCAUAAGUGCAACCCAGCUGAGCAUGGGUGGUGGAAUGGGAAGCGUGGCUCCAGGAGGAAUGGGAGUGGAUGGUCCAGCCUUUGGAGGAAUGAACAGGAUGGGCGGAGGUGUCGGUGGAUUUGGUGGCAUGAAAGCUAUGGCAAACGUGGGAGGCUUUGGUGGAGUCAACCGGAUGGGAGGCAUGGGCAGCGUGGAUGAUUUCAGAGGAAACCUCGGCAGCGGAAUGAGCGGUGGCCUAGGAACAGGCAUGGGGGGCAUGGCGGCAGGCAUGGGAGAAAUGUUCCGUGGCGGAAUGGGAGGAAGUAUCGAUCGAGACUUUGGCCGAAGUGAUAUGGCCAUGAACCGUGGCUUUGGAGACUCCUUUGGAAGAAUGGGUGGUGCAAUGGUUGGUGGUUUUGCAGGAGGAAUGGGAGCUUCUAAUAUGGGCCCAGUAGGAUCUGGAAUGAGUAGCGGAAUAAGCGGUAUGAACAGUAUGACCGGAGGGAUGGGAAUGGGAAUGGGAAUGGAUCGGAUGAGCUCCACCUUUGACCGAAUGGGGCCCACCAUGGGAUCUGGCCUAGACCGAAAUAUCGACAUGGACCGAGGAUUUGUGCCUGGCCCCAUGGGAAGCGGCGCGAGGGACAGAGUUGGCUCCAAAGGCAACCAGAUAUUUGUCAGAAAUCUUCCUUUUGACUUGACCUGGCAGAAGCUUAAGGAAAAAUUCAGCCAGUGUGGUCAUGUAAUGUUUGCAGAAAUAAAAAUGGAGAACGGAAAAUCAAAAGGCUGCGGAACGGUCAGAUUUGACUCUCCAGAAUCGGCAGAGAAGGCCUGUAGAAUAAUGAACGGCAUAAAAAUCAGUGGCAGAGAAAUUGAUGUACGUUUGGAUCGCAAUGCAUAAUUUAUAACCACACG